AUGCGUCUUCCUAGCCCCAAAGCAGCCAGUCUCCCCAAUGACGCCCUGUUCAAACAGCUGCUCCAUAACGCCCAAGUUAACCCAAACAUCUUGAUACAUGAUCCAGCCCAUAAUAAGGAUGCCACCACAGCUCAAUUCCUUCGCGAUGUCGUGGCCUUCAAGGAGGAAGUCCUCUCUCAGUUACCCCAAAACCUUUUGAACUCCCAGGGAAGACUCCAGACUCCAGGAGUCUACAUAGCUAUCCUCGCUUCCCUCAGCUACGAUUUUAUCGUUGGCUUAUACGCCGUCGUCGCCCUAGGUGCUGCAGCCGUACCAUUAUCAACCAAAGUUCUCCCCGAAGAAGGCGACUGGCUCGUGAAGAAAUGCAACGCCAUCUGCUUGCUCGCUCAGCAAGAGCAUAUUUCUCUUGCCUCCCAAAUCCAGUCCCAGCAACCAACGGAUCCUCUCAUCCCCGUGAUUUCAAUUCAACAUCCCCCAAACCCAUCCUUCGCAUUACCCCAGAUUGACCCAACCCUAACUUUCCCCUCCACUCAGCCAGGCCUCCUUCUCUUCACAUCAGGAACAACUGGUCCUCCCAAGGGCGCUAUCUUACCUCGCCAACUUUUCUUCCCGCACGUUGACCCCGACUGCACCGCCGACGAUACCGCCAUCGUCUACCGUGCCGUCAAUGGUUUACCCGGAGUCCUGAAUCUAAGCGAUCUGGUGUAUGUCUGCGCGCGCAUUGAGCUCUUCCCUGGUGGUAUCCAGCCAGCACCGAUCUGGGAGCGGCUCCGCUGUGGUGGAGUUACCGUGCUAGCGGGUGCUACUCGCUUCUGGCAGGUGCUGAUGACGCAUUAUGAGGAGAGGCUGCGAGCCCUACCUGAGAAUGAGCGUAUCCUCUAUGAUGAGGGCGUUCGGAAUCUUCGAGUCGUGUGGUUCGGGGGCGGGAUGCCCUUGCCUGCUGCGAAGCGGUUCUGGUUACGCUUACGGGGGAAGAAGGAGUGGACAGUUAAGUAUGGGGCGUCCGAAUUGGGAAGGGAGGCGAUGGUGUUUCGGUUCUCCAGUGAGAGCGCGGCGUUGAAGCCAAUUAUUGGGCGUCCGUUGGCUGGGACUGAAGUCAGGUUGACGGAGGGCCAGCAUGGGGAGUUGCUGAUCAAGAGCCCGACGGUGAUGAUCGGAUACAUCGACGACGAAGAACGCACGCAUGCGGCAUUCGAUGCCGACGGCUUCUAUCGUACGGGAGAUCUUGUCCACCAAGAUGCCCAGGGUAUGUUCGUCUUUGACGGCCGUGCAUCGGCCGAUUUUGUCCGGUUCAACGGGCUCCGCGUCUCAGUCUACGAGGUCGAAUCGCAGCUAUGCGACCUGCCUUACAUCCUAGAGGCAUACGUGCUUAGCAUACCAGACAACCGAUACGGUCACCGCGUCGGCGCGCUUGUGCUUUUAGCUGCAAGAGAAACAUCCUUGACACUGGGGAAGUUGCGGAAGGAUUUGGCUACAGUGCUGGCUAUGUACAAAUUGCCGACGGCGUUGCGUGUGGUGGAUAGUGAUGAGGAGCUGCCACGUAGUCCAGAGGGAAAGUUGUCACGCAAUACUGCCAUGCAGAGAUUUUUCCCUAGGGAAGCUAGAGGGUUAUCAGGCAAGGUUGAGGUUUGGGACAUAGAGUUGGAGGAGAUGGUAACCAGACGGGUGUGGGAUUGGGGCGGCAUUUAA